AUGAGUGGGGGACACAUUUUCCCGACGGCCCUGAGCUUCGCGGACGACGGGGAUAGUCAAGUGGGUGGUGACGUCGAUCAGGUCAUGUCCACCGAGAAAGCCGAGGUCUCCGACAUCCAUCAGACUCUUGUUUUCAGCGAACAGCACUCGGCAGCAUCGAAUAGCACUAGCAUCUUCUUUCAACCCGACAGCAUGAGCGGCACAAAUGGCACCGCCGGCGUGCAUGGUACGAAUGCAAAUGGCACAAAUGGCACUAGCGGAAGCCACAUCAAUGGCGACCGGCGACGGAAGCGCAUCAUUGUCGCCAUCACCGGCGCAACGGGCGCCGUUCUGGGCAUCCGUGCCCUGCAACAGCUCCGUCGCCUCAACGUCGAGACGCAUCUCAUCAUCUCCAAAUGGGCCGCCGAGACGAUCAAAUUUGAGACCGACUACACGGCUGCAGGCGUGCGCGCCCUGGCCGACUUCACCUACAAUCCGCACGACCUCGCGGCGCCCAUUGCCAGCGGCUCAUUCAAGGUCGACGGCAUGCUCAUCGUGCCCUGUUCGGUCAAGACGCUGGCCGCCAUCAACGCCGGCAUUUGCGACGAGCUUAUCACCCGCGCCGCCGACGUCUGUCUGAAAGAACGCCGACGCGUCGUUUUGUCCGUGCGCGAGACCCCCUUCAACGAGAUCCAUCUGCGCAACAUGAGCGAGGUUACAAGGGCGGGCGCCAUCAUCGCGCCGCCCAUGGUUGCCUUUUACACAAAACCCGCAUCCAUAGACGACCUUCUCGACCAGAUGGUCGGCCGCCUACUCGAUCUCUUUGAUCUCGAUGCCGGCAACUUUCAGCGGUGGGACGGCUUCCAGAAGGGUGAUCAUUAG